GCUUAGCCCCAGAACCAUAGUAUCUCUUGAGCUAUUUUCUCAUGGCUUCCUGUUAUUGGAAACACAUGGUCUUCUUGAGUUCUGUAGGUGAAGAAUCCAACCAAAACUUCAUUGAUGAUUUGUAUACAUCUUUGGUUCAAAAAGGGGUUCAAACGAUCAGAGAUCAUGAAGAGGUCAGCAGGAACGGAGAAGAAAUUCCACCUGAAGUGCAGAAAACAAUGGAGGAAUCAAGGAUUUCUGUCAUCGUUUUCUCCAGGAACUAUGCGUCUUCCAGAUGCUGCCUGGAUAAACUUGUGAAAAUUCUAGAAUGCAGAAGAAAGAUGGGCCAAUUUGUUCUGCCUGUUUUCUAUGACGUCCAUCCGUCUGAUGUGCGGAAACAGAGUGGAUGUUUUGCCAAAGCAUUUGCCGAACACGAAGAGGAGCAAGGCGUAAGGAUGGAGAAGGUGCAGACGUGGAGGACAGCUCUGAAGCAAGCAGGAAAUUUGAGUGGAUGGCAUCUAGACAACGCUACCAAAAGGGAGCAGAUAUUGAUCAUCAAACAAAUUGUGAGAGUGGUUUUGACCAAAUUGAGUAAGACAUUGUUGGAUAUUACCACCUACCCGGUUGGAAUAGACUCCCGUGUGGAGCGUGUGAACUCACUUUUGAAAAUUCAUCAGUCAGGUGAUGAUAUUCGCAUUGUAGGAAUCUGCGGUAUGGGUGGAAUAGGUAAGACAACCAUUGCUAAGUCUGUAUACAAUCUACUUUUUCACAGUUUUGAGGGCAGUAGCUUUCUUGCAAAUGUUAACGAAGACUCUAAGAAAUCUAAUGGUCUUGUCCUUUUACAAGAAAAGCUUCUUUCAAACAUCCUAAAGGAAGAAAGAUUAAAGAUAAGUAAUGUUGAUGAAGGAAUUACAUUGAUCAAAGGAAGACUUGGUAGUAGAAGGGUUCUACUUGUUCUAGAUGAUGUGCAUCAGAUAAACCAAUUAAAUGCUUUGGCUAGAGAGCGGAGUUGGUUUGGUGCAGGAAGUAGAAUUAUCAUAACCUCUAGGGAUGAAGAUGUGCUAGAUGUACUUCAUGUGGAUGAAAAGUAUAAUGCAGAAACGUUGAGUGAUGAUGAAUCCAUUCAGCUUUUCAGUUGGCAUGCUUUUGGAAUAGAUCAACCUAAAGAAGAGUAUUUGGGUGUCUCAAAAGAUAUAGUACAUUAUGCCCAAGGGCUUCCUUUAGCUCUUGAGGUGUUGGGUUCUUUCUUGGCUGAAAACAGAAGCAUGGCUGAAUGGAGAAGUGCUUUGGAAAAACUAAAACGGAUUCCUUACAAUCAAAUUCAGAAAAAACUCAGAAUAAGUUUUGAUGGACUAGAUGAUGAUGAGAAUGCAAAGGAUAUAUUCCUCGAUAUUGCAUUCUUCUUCAUUGGAAUGGACAAAGGCUAUGUAACUACAAUAUUAGAUGGUUGUGGUUUCAACGAUUCAGAAAAUGAAAUUGGUAUCCUUGUUCGUAAGUCUCUUUUAACAGUCAAUGAAAACAAUGAGUUGAGGAUGCAUGAUCUACUACGGGACAUGGGAAGAGAAAUUGUUCGUGAAGAAUCUCCAAAGGAACCAGGAAAACGAAGCAGACUAUGGUUUCAUGAAGAUGCCCAUUAUGUAUUGGAGAAAUGUAAGGCAACAGAAAAAAUUCAAGGCAUUGUACUAGAAAGCCUAUCCAGAACAGGUAAUCUACAAUUGACAACCGAAGCAUUCGAUAGGAUGAAAAAGCUAAGACUACUCAGAAUGGAUUAUGUAACGCUAACGGGGUCCUACGAGCAUGUCUCUGGAGAGUUAAGAUGGCUGUGCUGGCAUGGUUUCCCUUUGACAUUUCUACCGUCCAAUUUUAAUCUAGAGAACCUCGUUGCUCUUGAUAUGCAACAUAGCAGAUUGAAACAAGUCUGGAAGGAAAUCAUGUUGCUUGAAAAAUUAAAAGUACUUGAUCUCAGUCAUUCCUAUUACCUUACCAGAACUCCAGACUUCUUGGGACUUCCCAACCUUGAGAGAUUGAUUCUUGAAGGCUGUACCAGCUUGGUUGAGGUUCAUGUUUCUAUUCAACUUCUUGAUAGAAUCAUUCUUCUGAAUCUGAAAGAUUGCAAGGAACUAAAGGGUCUUCCAAGCAGCAUUUGCAAGUUGAAAUCUCUUGAAAAUCUUAUUCUCUCUGGGUGCUCAAAGCUUGAAAAGUUGCCAGAGAAAUUAGGAAAUAUGGAAUCUCUAACGGAGCUUACAGUAGAUGGAAGUGGAAUAAGACAAUUACCUUACUCCAUCUUAAGCUUGAAGAAGCUCAAGAUAUUAUCUUUAGAAGGAUGUAAAGUAUCAUCAGAUAAUUUAUUCCAUUCGUUCUUCUCAUCAAUGCUAUCUCCAGGAAAGAGUAGACCUGAUUCCAAUCUCCUACCCAAUUCUUUCUCGGGUUUAUACUCCUUAAGUGGCCUAAUUCUCAGCAAAUGCAAUCUGUCAGAAGGYKCUAUUCCUARUGACAUUGGGAGCUUAMRGUCRUURRAAGURUUGGAUCUAAGYYAYAACAAUUUUACUAGUCUACCAUCCAGCAUCAGUCACCUUUCCAAGCUCGAGGUUCUUGAGUUACAGAAUUGCAAAAUGCUUCGAUCACUUCCAGAGCUUCCGUCAAGUUUAGAGGAGUUGUAUGCACCUGGUUGCUCAUCACUGGAAGGAUUCUCACAUUAUGGCCAAGAGUCAAGUAUCAGUUGCCUGUCCAGACUCCUUCGCAUUAAUUUAAGCCGUUGUACACGGCUUCAGUCACUCCCGAAACUUCCUUCAAGUUUGCAGGAAUUAAACCUUUGUGAUUGCGAGUCAUUGAGUUUAUCAAAUAUGCCAAACACACAGAGCUUACUACCGUUUGAGCUUCAUGACUGCAGCGAGAUAUUUGAGCUUCAGGACCUUGGUAGAUUGGCAUCUUUCGAGAUAAUUUCUGAGGAUGGUGGGCUAGAAGCCUUCUUUUAUGAAGGUAAUAUUCCAAAGUGGUUUCAUCACCAGAGCUUUGCCUCUUCAAUAUCUUUUGAGGUUCCCCUACUUUUAGAUCACAAGGUUAUUCAAGGGUUGAUCUUAUGUGCUAUGUAUGAAGUCGACAACAAUGACAAAAAACUAUUUGCUUAUUUUGCUUACCUUGAUGCCUAUUUUGUUAAUAAGACCAAGAAAGUUGACUGGAGAUAUCCUGCUAAUUAUGGAGGCUCUGUUCUCUUUCGACAUGACACACACAAUAUGUGGGUAGCUUACAUUCCACAUGCUCAAUUUGGGAAUUUGUUGAGUGGUGGGAAUCAAGUGGAGGUCUCAUUUGAAUUGGGGUCAGUUUCCAAAGUGAAGAAGUAUGGGGAUCAAUCAAUUUUCAAGCCUGAUGAGAUGGCAAUCCAGGUGAAGAAGUGCGGGAUCCAUUUUUUAUGCAAUUUAGAUGAAACCAGUUCACAGGAAUGUGAGUUAUUGCAAGUUGGGUGAAUUAGUAUGGUGCUGGCGCUAAAAAGUAUCAGUUGUUGUGACAAUUCUACACUGGUUUUGAUUUGUUGAUACUUUAGUUUCUUGGAUAUUCCGCAUUAGAUCUGUUUUGGGUUUUAUUGUUUAAACUAAAUUUAAUUUACCACUUAUAUCUCCAACAGAAGGGAUCCAGUGGAUAAAUUCCAAUAUUUUGCUCAUCACAGAUUUAAUUUAUUUGUACU